AUGCCCCCAGAAGAGGUGGGCGAAGAAGAUACCUUGGACGACACGCACGCCUGUACGCGCAAUAACGCGGGGUUCGGGCGGGUGGAGUUCGAACAGGCGGGCGAAACGAGAUUUGCUGAAGGUGCCGAAGAGUCGGUUCAUUGUAGCCGUGGUGGGGGUAUCAAGGUGAUUAAGAUAACGACAAAACUUGAGCUCGAAACCUCUUUCUCAUCCAACUUCAAUUGA